AUGCGAUAUCUGAAGGACGCUUUGAGAGUGGCCCGCAUAUCAGAGUACGAACAGUCACUGUACUGGACGACGUUCACUUUCCUGUUCUUCGGCUUCUUCCGCAUUGGAGAAAUAACAGCAGCCGCUACUAACCGUUUUGACCCACGGCGGACUUUGUUAUGGGGGGACAUAGUGGAUGUUGGCCACCGCCUAACGGUGCAGCUGAAGCUCACAAAGACGGACCAGACGGGGCAGGGUAGUUCUGUCGCGCUGACGGCGACUGGACGUUCAGUCUGCCCCGUGCAGGCUUACCGGAAUUACCGUGCUCGCGUGCCCGAGCCUGCGAACGAGCGGCCGCUGUUGCAGCGCGAAGACGGCAAGUUCGUGACAAGGGCAGACGUGGAGAAGUGCCUCUUUCGCCUUCUCACGGAUCACCCGGAGAGAGACCGGAUCAGCACGCACAGUUUCCGCAUUGGUGCGGCAACUACGGCCGCGGCCAAUAACGUGCCUGACCAUGCCAUCCAACUGGCCGGACGCUGGCGGAGCAACUGUUACACCCGCUACAUUCGCCACGCUGGGCCACCCGUGCCACUGAAUCCUUACCGGACCGGAUAG